AUGGUGACUUUUUUUGCACAGGCCGUGGCUGAAGCUGAGAUAAAGGUGCGGAAUGAGAUUGCUGAGCUUCAAGCCUCCCAAAUUGGCAUUCUCAAGGACAAAGUGAAGGAUCUUCGCGAGGAAAAUGACCGACUCGUUACACACAUUGGACGGCUUGAGCGGGAAGUUGGCCAGCUCACGGCCCGUCAACAAGCCACGCGUGGAUUGGCGGAAGACGUCGAAGAUUUGCGCAUGCAGCGCAUGCACGCCAUUGAGGAGGCCCAUGCCUUGCGACAAAAACUAGAUCUGACUGAGCUUGAUCUGCGAGACAGCACGCGCCAGAAGCGUGAGCUCGACAGCCAGCUCAAACGAGCCAAACAAUUGCUUCAUGAGCAAGAGCAAGUCCUCAAGGGCCAGGGAGGCACGACCUCCGAUGCGCUUGAAGUGCAGGUCCAAGAAGCAGAGCGGGCCGCACAGCGAGAGCUGGAGCGCCAAAUUGCUGAGCUCAAGGCUGCUCUGGAGCACUCGCGCACGCAAUUGCAGCGAUGCCAACGAGAGCGGGAUGCAUUCAAGGAGGCAGCCCAGCGCGCAGAGCGGACACUGCUUGAUCUCAAAGCUCAUGACCAUGCCCCACCCGCACGCCCCAGUUUCGAUGGUGAGACGGCAAUGGCGGUUCGGGCCGAACUCGAGCGCGAGGUGGAGCAUCUCAAGAACGAGCUUCGCGUUGAACAGGAACGAUCCGAUAAGCAGCGCUCUGCACUGCAAGCCGAGCUCGACCGAGUUCGAACGCGAGCCCUGCCGCGUGAAACCGCCAUAGCAUCCCCUAGUGCAACUCCAGCGCCCUCGGCGGCCACUAAAGGCAUGGCUUUGCAGUUUGCCUUUCAAGUUCAAAUUUGUACGCUGUACGCUCCGUUCGUGUUGAGCAUAGACACUGCAAGUUUGCAGUAUGAUCUGGAUCGGCGGGAAGUGGAACAGCAACGGCGCUUGGCUCGCGAGGAUGCUCAGCAAAUCGACGCUUUGACGCAGGAUGCAAGGCAGCUCAAAACAGAAUUAGCUCUACAGCAAACACAGUCGACCGGGCCCAAUGCCCAGACUGCACAAUUGGAAGAAGUUCGUCGGUCUCUGGAAGUCCUAGAACAAGCGUAUGGUCAACUGGAAGCAGAGCGCGACUCUUUGCGGCGCAAGCUGGACAAAACGACGGAUGUGGCAAAAGAUAAUUUACGUCAUCUGGAAGAGUUGCAGCGGCGUGAUGAGGACUUUGAAGAUUUGCUCCGCCUCAAUGACCCCCAACAGAUUUCGCUCUUGCUGCGCUCCCUGCGCCGCAAGUACGGGGCAGAUGCGCUUCACGGGUUGGAAGAGGGCGAGGAGGACAGGACCUUGUGGGUGACGGGCGUCAACCUUGAUACCCUUCAGGACAUUCAUGUGCGCUUGGAUCAGUUGCACGAGGCCUGUCUAACGCACGACCAGAAACGCUCCCACGCCCUUGAGCAGGUAGCCCAAUGUCUGAUGUUUGUGGAAGCCACAGAGGCCGAGCGUGAUCGCGUGCUGGAUGUGCUACAAGAGUUGGUACCGCCCAGCUCGUCGCUACAGCAGACGGUCAAUGCGUUGGUAGACCAAUUGGUGUAUCUGGAGCGUGAGCUCGAUCGGGCCGACGAGGAUCGUCGCACCACAGAGGCACGCCUUGCCGGCCUCGUGGCAGCCAACACAGAGAAGCGUCCAUGGCGCAUUGAGGAUGUAACGCCGGACACGUAUGAUCUGCUCUUGCGUCGAAUCGAGGAGCUAGAGCGUGAGGUGGCCAUGCAUCGUGCCCAGCAACGCACAACUCGUCCCACACCUGGAUAUGUCUGA